AUGUCUACAGCCAAGAAUGACUCAAUCCUGAUCGUGGGCGCCGGCGUCUUCGGUCUCUCAACCGCCCUGGAACUGAAUAAGCGCGGAUACACCGAUAUCACCGUGGUCGACCGAUUCGUACCACCCUCAGCAGACGGCAGCAGUGUAGACAUUUCGCGUAUCAUCCGCGCCGACUAUGCCGACCCAAUCUACUACAAGAUGGCCCGCGAGGCAUACCAGGGCUGGACUACCGAGUACAAGGAUCAAUACUUCGAGUCCGGAUUCGCUCUGUUCUCUGAAACUCUCAAGAACAAAUAUAUGGAGGGCUCCAAGUCUGUUAUUCGGGCAGCGGGUGGUCAUCUCGACGAACUUACCGAUGCGUCUGAUAUUCGAAAGCUCUAUCCUAGUGUCCAGGCCAAUGUUGCUGGCAUGAGCGGCUAUCAUAACCCGAAGGGAGGCUGGGCAAAUGCAGCAGGUGCCAUCCAGAAACUCGCGUCUAAAUGUACGGUUGCUGGUAUUUCGAUCAUCGCUGGACCCAGGGGUACAGUUACCUCUUUGCGCAAGGCCGGCUCACGCGUUGUCGGUGUCAACCUUGUCGGAGGACAAGUUCUGCUUGCUUCCCAAGUUAUUCUGAGCACUGGCGCAUGGACGAACCGCCUACUGAACAUUGGACACGCCGCGUCCUCUUCUGGUCAACCUGUUGGAUUCAUCCAGCUGACCGAGGAGGAAGCUCUAGAAUACAAGAAAAUCCCGGUCAUGAUCAACAUGAGCUCCGGCGUGUUUUCUUUCCCUCCUACACCGGAUACUAAUGUAUUGAAACUCGCUCGUCACGGAUACGGCUAUGCUACUGAGAUAAAUGUUGAUGUUGAUGGUGAGAAGAAAUCGCUUUCUUCGCCCAAGUUUGAGAGCAGCAAUGCUGCAACUGGUUACCUGCCCGAUGAUGCCGAUGAGUCUCUGCGUCAAGGUCUUCGUCAGUUCUUCCCUAAGUUGGGCGAUCGCCCUUGGAUGAACCGUCGGUUGUGCUGGUAUACCGAUACUCCCAAGGGGGACUUCAUUAUCGAUCACCACCCUACCAUGCAGGGUCUGUUUUUGGCCACUGGUGGUGCUGGACAUGGUUUCAAGUUCCUCCCUAUCCUGGGUCAAUAUAUUGCAGACUGUUUUGAGGGUAAGGCUCCUCAGAACCUGCGUGAGAAAUGGAGACUUAACCUGCCCAAGGGUGAUGCUAAUGGUCCCAUGGCGGGUGAUGGCAGCCGAGGUGGCCCCCCUUUGAGAAGACUGAGCCCACUUGAACAGGCUAAGCUGUAA